GCCCAGUUGGACCAAACCCGAUCGGUCAAUCCUCCACCUCCAUUUCCUUCGUCAGUUGCUACCUGCGAUGUUCUUCCUCUGCUCUUUUUCUCCAUCGCAUUUGCUGAACCGAACAUAACAGAGAAGCCACCAGCAGUAAUCAGCGCUCAAAUCUUCGCUUUCCCUCCUCCGAAGCCUCGAUCGUCGACCUGGGUUCUCUCCGUCAUCGCAAAGGUCCGAGCUUUCAUUGGUUACUUUGUUGGGUUUGACUCUAAAAGCUUCACCAAUCCGUGCGAUCUUUCAAGGUUUGAUUUUUUCCUUCCUUCCUUCCCUCCGAUCAGAAAGGUUUGCAUCUCUUGAAACUCUGGCUAAUUGUUGAAAAGUUUUCGCUGGGUUCGAGGUUGCGAUCACGGCCAAAUCGGAUCGGCUUACUGAAUUUCUCCUUCAUCCCUCCAUUUUAGAUAUAUUCUUUAAGUCGAAUCAGGAUUGCUUGGGCAUAAUGAAGCAUAUUGUGAAGAUAAUUACCUUGUUGGUGGCUAUCUCUGCCAUGUGGAUUGGUCUCCUGGAGAUGUCCGUAGUUCCGCGAAGUCAGACUUGGUUGCUACCAAUAUAUUUCAUUGUUUCACUGGGAUGCUAUGGAUUGCUAAUGGUUGGCAUCGGCCUAAUGCACUUUCCAACUUGUCCUCAAGAGGCAUUGUUGUUGCAGCAGGACGUUGUUGAGGCCAAGCAUUUCUUGAAGCAAAGAGGGGUCGAUGUUGGUUCCGAAUGAUUUGACCUACUGAACAUAUUUACACACAGAUCAGUCCUAUUCGAGUGGAAGUUGAUCUCCGAGUCUUCCGGGAAUAGAGCAGCUGAUGAACACUUUACUCGAGCUUUUUGACAUUUUUGAUUGUCAAGUUAUCAACUAAUCGUGAAAAGUCAUGCUCUUGGCGCGUAUGCUUGUAGGUGAAAUCGAAUUUUUGUUCAUCUUGUCCACAAUCCUUUAGCCAGUUCUUUGAUGUAUAGUCAUACAGUACUCUCUCUCUC